AAAUGAAUAGUGCUUCACCUUGAAAUAUUACAGGCUCAACUGAUAGGCCGAAUAACGGCUGUGCAAAUGGAACUGCUACUGUGUGUACUGUGGAUGAUAGUGAAACUUGUUGACGGUCAUUUUCCAUGAACACUUUCUGGAACAAGAUUUGCUCAUGGAGGGCAACGUAGAGAGGGAGGGGCUUAUAAAACGGAGAAUUGCUUCGUCAACUUCCCCAAGAACUUGUUUCCAAAUUUCAAACAACGCCUUACAUCGCUUCGCCGCCUCUACUUUUCCAACUUGAAAACAAAGGGUCUUGAUCCGGACUCACCAUGGGUGUCGAGGGAAGAAUGAAAUGUGUGAAGUACCUACUCUUCUUUUUCAACUUCAUCUUCUGGCUGUGUGGUCUGGCUCUGAUAGUGCUGGGAAUUUUGGUUCAGGUGGCUCUCCACAGCACCGUAGUGAUCAAUAAUGUCUCAGCCUCAUCAGCCCCCUUGGUCCUCAUCGUGGUGGGGGUCAUCGUCUUCUUCAUCGCCUUCUUUGGCUGCUGUGGAGCCUGGAAGGAGAGCUACUGCAUGGUCACCAUGUUUUCUAUCCUUCUGGGUCUGAUCAUUAUCACUGAGAUUGGUGCUGCCAUCGCUGGAUAUGUCUUCAGAGGCAAACUGACAGUCAUUGUCCAUGAUGGUCUCAAUGACAUGGUCACCAAGUACAGCAAUGGCACCGCUGAAUUCAAGAAGGCCCUGGACAACCUGCAAGUUGACCUGAAAUGUUGUGGCGUGACCAACGCCACUGACUGGAAAGGCAAGUUCGGGUCUGUGAAAGACUCUGUUCCAGACUCCUGUUGCAUCAAUGUCACCGCUGGCUGUGGUCAGGGGGCCAUGGGGGAUGCACUCAAGAUACACCAGACGGGGUGUGAAACUGUUGUAGAGAAGCUGUUGAAGAAAAACAUCAUGUGGGUCAUUAUAGCAGCACUGGUGAUCGCUUUCCUGCAGAUCAUGGGCAUCAUAUUCGCCUGCAUGUUGAUGGGGGGCAUUCGCAGUGGCUACGAAGUCAUGUGAUCAGUUGGCCAAUAGCAGAGGGGAGUGGCUGACAGUCAGUUGCACUGUCAAGUUAUGUUCAAACAUUUAAUUGACUUCAAUAACUUUUUUUUUUAAUUUACUUAUUCAAGAUGUUAACACGUGCCUUUGCACUGAUGCCGAAUGACUCCUGCCAAGAAUAUCAAUGUUUAGUUAUUUUUUUAGAAAAUUAUAUUUUUAUUUAAAUAGGGCAGCAUUUGCAAAUUGCCAUUUGCACUUGUUUUUGAAAGUGAAAUGUUCUUAACUUUUGAGCAUAUUCUACUCUAGAAUGUAUUUUUCAUAAAAGCUAUUUCAUCUGUAAUGUCGUUCUUCGUGGUUCCCCAAUUUAAGGAUUUUUAUUAAAGAUUUCAGUCAA